AAGAUCACCACUGGAUUGACCACAAAAAAAAUCCGAUGAUUAUUGAAUUGAAUGUCUGAUUAAGGGAUCAAUUGUUUGGUUUUCGGCGGAAGUUUUUUCCUCCCGAAGACAUAUACACUCAAACUCACUUCCGAUGGCUUUCUACGAGAUAAUAGCACCCGAUUGCGAUGGCCACCGAUCCGAUGCUCACGUCGGCCACAUUGAGUGCGACCAAAUCGACGGCAAAUACGUCUAUGUUAUCAGUUUUGCCGACAAUCUUGACUGCAGUCAAUCAAUGGACAAAUGUGUCGUCCGACAGAUCACUCGCCAGUCGUCGUCAACGUCAACGUCGAUAUCGACCGACGGGUCGCUCAAUGGCCAAGAGUCCAGUGUUGACCACCAAGACAUAUGUACCGAUGACUAUGUGUCCGACGAGUCGGCAAACGAUCACAAAAUCGGCGACAAAGCCGACGAUACUAACGAUGACGAUAUGAGUGACGAUCAAAAAGAGUUGGUUAUCGACGAAGACGUCAUUCAUAAUAGAUGUAAAAAGUUGAUGAAGAAGUUGGAUCACAGUCUCAACAGUGGUUGUCAUACUAUGAAAAGCAUCGGUUCGACCAUCGCUGAUGAAGACGACGAUAACGACACCGAAUUGGAUGAAAGUGACGAUGACUUGCAUUUGAUACAAGAGGACGACAGAGAUGUUGACAAUCAAAAGAUCAAAACCGGUCGUAGAAGAAGAAGCAGAUCACAGAAGGACUCAUACAAAGAGCGUCCGUUUAGCUGUGAAUGGCCUCAAUGUCCAAAACGGUUCCAUAAAAGACAAAAUCUUAUUAUACAUAUGCGCACCCAUACCGGUGAGCGACCGUUCCUCUGUUUGUGGCCUAAAUGCGGCAAAAGUUUUAGUCAAAAGUGUACUUUAAAUAAUCAUAAGAGAAUACACACCGGAGAGUAUCCCUAUUCGUGUCAAAUAAAUGGUUGUCGACAUCGGUUCCGUUCCAACAGUGCUCUCUAUAGUCAUCAAAUCAAUCACCAAAAAUAUCAGUAUUAAAAAUAAACAAAAACAAAAAUGCAAAC